CAGCAGAGCAGCACAAGUGUCUCAGGCGCGCCGUCAAUCUUAACCUUUGGAUAACUCGAAUUAAGCGUGAAAUCUCCACAAUGAAGUUCUUCAUCUGCACUCUGGCUUUGCUGGGCGUGGCUCAGGCUGGCCUGCUGCCCCAUCUGGAGCACGAUGUGCACCACGAGGAGCUGCCACCCUACGUGGACGGCGAUAUUCACCAUUCCGAUGGCAUUCAUUUGGGCCACAGCUCCGCCAUAGUGAUCGAUGGUAACGACCACCACGUGGAUGCUGUGCCUCAUCCCGUCUACCACCACGACGGCUACUCGGCGCACUUGGAUCACGACGUGCACCACGGCCAUUUGGAGCACAUUCACGCUCCGGCCAAGAUUGUCAGUCACGAGCCCAUCCAUGAAGUGGAGCCAGUGCAUCAUGUGCACAAGGUGGUGCACGAUGAGCCACACCACUUCCUGCACUACAGGAACCCCGUGGUUGAUCAUCACAUCAUCCACAACAACGCGCACAUCGAUACGUACGCCCAUGCCCACGCCGAUCUGCACCACUAUGACCACCACUCAGCUCCGCUGGUGCACCACCACCACUCGGCUCCGCUGGUGCACCACCACAGCCACGCCGCUGUGGUGCACAAGACCAUCUACCCCGCCCACCUGGAUGUCCACAGCCACGCCAACCUGCUGGCCUUUGCCAAGCACCACUUGCACGGUAAAUACGGCAAAGUCAGGAUCACGGAGACGCAUUACUGAGAGAUUUCCCCCACCACGCCACACCACCGCACCACAUCCCACACACAUAACACAUAACACUUAUCCAACUGCAUGACGACGCUUUCAUAGCUAAUUUAUUACGCACAACGUUUAGUUUCUAGUGCUCGAAUAAACGGGUUGUUUUUAAAGAUCUUUGUGUGCACAACUCUCACUCCCUCUC